CUCACAUAUAAAGCCCAACUUCUCAUUUUCUGUUCAAAGAGAACCCUAACACCCAAGCGACGUCGCUGAUAGAUCCCUCGUUCUCCUUCUGAGAUGGCCAAGUCGAAGAACCACACCGCUCACAACCAGUCCCGCAAGGCUCACAGGAAUGGCAUCAAGAAGCCUCAGAGGCAUCGCCACACUUCAACCAAAGGGAUGGACCCCAAGUUCCUGAGGAACCAAAGGUACGCCAGGAAGCACAACAACACCAAGAACGAAUCAGCCACCGAGGAAGAAUAGAGUGAGAGCUGACCUCAAAUCAUGGCUCUGUUUGGGGUUUUCCCUGAUUAGGGUUAUUUUGGUUUUGAUGUCAUUUUAUGCUUAAUUUGUCGUUAGUAACAUAGUAGUUUGAUGUUACUUUAGUGGAUUUCAUUUCAAUUUGCAUGUACGAGCAGCAGUCCUGAAAUGCUACUUUUGUUAUGGAUAUAAGUUUUUGACUUAAUUCUAUUGCUCUCUAUGUUUUCUUUCUUUGAU